AUGAACUUAGAUGAAGAACAGCGUGAAGAACUGAAGAAAUUGCUGAAAGCGGCUGCGUUCGGCAAGCGAAUGGCAGCUAUCAUGAUGGGCAUGCCACCGUCGGCCUGGCACCUGUUCGAGAGGCUGUUCGGCCAAAUAGCCAAGAGUGGCUUUCUCAAGACGCCGGACGAUGACUGGAUCGUCAAACGAGCUUUGACGUCCCACGGACUGUGGAACUGA